UUCACUUGGAGUGCACUUUGGGUUGCCAUUAUAUUGAGUUUGGUAACUUUACCUAUAGGGAUAAGUCUUUCAUACCACAGAAACCUUAGUCACGAGAGUUUUAAGCUCACAAAAUCACUGGAAUACUUGUUCGCUUAUUUUGGGCUUCAUGCUGUACAGGGAGAUUCUAUGUAUUGGGUAAGUGUUCAUCGGUACCACCAUCAAUUUACUGAUACUGAUAGAGAUCCACAUACUCCAAUUAAAGGAUUGUGGUUUAGCCACUUGAAUUGGAUUUUUCAUCACAGCCAUAUCAAGGAAAAGUGUGGAGAACAAAGCAAUGUAAUGGAUUUACAAAAGCAAGCCUUCUAUAGGUUUCUUGGACGAACGCAAUCCUUUCAUAUAGGUGGACUGGCACUUAUGUUGUACGUCAUAGGACUGCCUUACCUUAUAUGGGGCAUGGGAGUAAGAGUUGCAGUUGGGCAUCACAUCACAUUGGCGGUGAAUUCAGUGUGUCAUCGAUGGGGGAAAAGGCCAUGGGAAACCAAUGAUUUGUCUACGAAAAAUUGGGUGAUGGGGAUAUUGAGCCAUGGAGAAGGUUGGCAUAAUAACCAUCAUGCUUUCGAGUUUUCAGCUCGACUAGGGCUGGAAUGGUGGCAAAUUGACGUACCUUGGUACUUUGUGAAGCUUCUUGAGCAUCUCGGAUUAGCAAAUGAUGUCAAAGUGCCAACUGUGUUUCAGAAACUAAAAUUGCGUUCCUAUCAGACAAUGUACUUGUGGUAG